AUGUCUUAUAACAACACAUCAUUGCAAGAAUAUACCGAAAUGCAUAGUCCGUAUAUAGGCUCUCCAAGAGUCUCUUCUACUGGAAAGCAAUAUUCUGCAACGGCGGCUUAUUCCGUAAAUGGUGUUGUAAAUGAUAACACAUUCAGUGUUAGUUUACUUGAUGAUUCGUUCAAUACACAAAAAGGGAAUGCUAAUGUAAGGACUCUAGAAAGCCUUACGCAACAUCAGAGAAAUACUUCUACUUUGAGUAGUCAAAGUACAAAUACAAGCAUGAGUAAAGCGAGGAAUGCUUUACAACGGCAAAGGAUACCACAUCAGGCGGAUUCAAGUUCUCCGCUGGUAACACUGCUUCCGAUUGAUGCUAAUCCGACAGAAGUUUUGGCGGCUAGGUUUGCUUCCUGGAGAGUGGUUAUUAAGGCGAUUAUAGUAUAUUUGACUGAAAGUGCGUCAAUUCAAGAUGAACUGGUUAGGCAGCACCUACGUCUCUCACACGCGGUUAAUUUUCCCUUUUUUGCAGUUGAAAACGUGCACCAGCCUAAUUCGCCGGAGGAGAAGGCGAUCCAGCAGUUCUUUAUGCCCCUGGGGAACGGUUCCGUUCAGGAUUUACCCACGGUGUUAACCAGUUAUCACUCGCAACUUGCUUCAGCCGCGUCCAAGGCUUCGAAGGAGUUGACAAAUGAUGUUAUUCCGAGGCUACUGGAUAUGCGAAGGGACUUGUUGGUGAAGAUCAAGGAAAUCAAGUCUUUGCAGAGUGACUUUAAAAAUUCGUGCGGUAAGGAAGCCGCAGAAACCAAGCAGCUAAUGAGGUCAUUUCAUGAGGCUGUGGAACAGGCGCGGUAUGGUACGCCUAAGAAUGACCCGUAUUUGGCUAGGAUAAUGUUGGACAAACAAAUUAAGAGACAGAUAAACGAAGAGAACUUUCUCCACGAGGCCUUUAACAAUUUGCAGGCUUCCGGGAAAGAAUUGGAGAAAGUGGUAGUGAUGGAAAUUCAAAAUGCAUUAACAAUAUACGCCAAAAUAAUAGGCAAGGAGGCGCAACUAGUAUUUGAUACUGUUAUAAACAAGUUGGACACUGGGUUUUUCAGCAAAGAGCCCACAUUUGAGUGGGACAAUUUUCUACGGAGGGAUCCGAACUUUAUUGAUCCGGGUAUGCCUAUGAGACAACUAAAGGAUGUUACCUACAAACACCAAUAUGAUCCUCUGACGUAUAAGGUACUUUGUGGGUUUUUGGAAAGGCGCUCUAAGUUCCUAAAAUCUUAUUCCAAGGGAUUCUAUAUAUUAACGCUGUCGUUUCUACAUGAAUUUAAGACCUGUGACCGCAAGAAGGAUCUUGCUCCCGUUAUGUCGUUGUCGUUGAGCGAUUGCACUGUCGCUGAGCAUUCGAAGGAAGAUUCUGCGGACUUUAAAUUCAUCCUUCAUGCAAAACAAAACGGCAUUAUCCAUAGGGGACACAAUUGGGUCUUCAGAGUUGAUUCAUACCAUAAUAUGAUGGAAUGGUUCAACUGUAUAAAAAAAUUAACUACGGUAACCAGUCCGACAGAAAAAGCAAGGUGGGUUACCGAAUACCUGUGUCUGGACAAUGGUAAGAAGCCCAAAAGGCAUUCCAUAUUACGUGAUAACUUAUCCACCACCACGCAUAACAGCUCUAACUUUGAGUCACCUAGUAACGGCCAGUCUGUUCCUGCCCUAGACGGCAAUACUAAUACAAAUACAGCUCUGUCCAGUCCAGGAACGAGCUCAUUACUGGAGCAGACGGACGAAACAGCAAUUCAAAUACCCAACUCAACCAAAGCGGAGCGUUUGAAUAUUGCGUCUCUAAAGCCGUUAAAGUAG